GGGGCACCUACAUGUGUUGUUAUAUCUACAGUUCAAGAGGAACUGCCUACUCUGAGCCCAGCGACCCUGUGCAGAUCACUGUAGCAGAGCCCAGCUACCCCAAACCCAGCAUCUCCCUGCUGAGCCCCAGCGGGGGGUCUCCCCGGGGAAGCCAUGACCAUCCGGUGUUGGGGCAUGUGGUUCGUGCUGAAUAAAGAGGGACGCCAUUUCCCACCUGUGGAUUCGGAUGGGUUUGGGGCUGAGUUUUCCGUCGGCAAUGUGCGCCGGGAGCACGGCAGGAGCUACAGCUGCUCCUAUCACAGCAGAUCAGAGCCGUUCACCGUGUUGGACCCCAGCGACCCUGUGGAACUGGUGGUGAGAGAUCCCAGCUUACCCAGACCCAACAUCUCUCUGAGCCCCACUGCGGUCACCGCCCUAGGGGCAGACGUCACUAUCCGGUGUCAGGGGCUGCAUCGGGACGUGAGGUUCUUCCUGCACAAGGCUGGAGACCUGAAGCCGCAACAACACAUUGACCCUGCUGGGGCCGGGGCCGAGUUCCGCAUCCCAGCCAUGGGCCGGCAGCAGGAAGGGAACUACAGCUGCAGCUACCGGCCCCGGUCAGAGCCCUUCGUCUCCUCGCAGCCCAGCGACCCCGUGCAGCUGGUGGUAGCAGGCUGCUGGCUGGCCGGGUGCAGCGGGGUGUCAGGACAGGGGUCCUACCCCAAACCCUCCAUCUCCGUCAGCCCCAGUGGGGUGAUCCCCGUGGGGGGAACCGUCACCAUCCGGUGUUGGCAUCAGCUCCUGGACAUGAGGAUCCUCCUCUACAAGGAUGAAGAUGAGAAUUAUCUGAAUUACACAGACCCUGUCGGCUCUGAGGCUGAAUUUCCCAUCACCAGCGCCAGAUGGGAACAUGGGGGCAGCUACACCUGUCGUUAUAGCAACAGAACAGGAGAAGUUGCCUACUCGGAGCCGAGCGACCCUGUGCAGAUCAUUGUAGCAGAUCCCAGCUUACCCAGACCCUCCAUCUCUCUCAGCCCCACUGCGGUCACCGCCCCAGGGGCAGACCUCACCAUCCGGUGUCAGGGGCAGCGCCGGGACGUGAGGUUCUUCCUGCACAAGGCUGUAGACCUGAACCCGCAACAACACAUGGACCGUACUGGGGCCGCGGCUGAGUUCCGCAUCCCCACCGUGGGCCGGCAGCACGGAGGGAGCUACAGCUGCAGCUACCGGCCCCGGUCAGAGCCCUUCAUCUCCUCGCAGCCCAGCGACACUGUGCAGCUGGUGGUAGCAGAGCCCAGCUACCCCAAACCCAGCAUCUCCGCGAGCCCCGGCGAGGAGGUCUCGCUGGGGACAGCCGUGACCGUCCGGUGUUGGGGGCAGCACCCGGGCGUGCGGUUUGUGCUGAAUAAAGAGGGACGUCAUUUCCCACCUGUGGAUUCGGACGGGUUGGAGGCUGAGUUUUCCACCAGCAACGUUCACCGGGAUCUUGGUGGGAGCUACACCUGCUCCUAUCACAGCAGAUCAGAGCCGUUCGCCGUGUCAUACCCCAGCGACCCCAUGGAGCUGGUGGUGAGAGAUCCCAGUUUACCCAGACCCUCCAUCUCUCUCAGCCCCACUGCGGUCACCGCCCCAGGGGCAGACAUCACCAUCCGGUGUCAGGGGCAGCGCCGGGACGUGAGGUUCUUCCUGCACAAGGCUGGAGACCUGAACCCGCAGCAACACAUGGACCCUGCUGGGGCUGAGGCCGAGUUCCGCAUCCCCACCGUGAGCCAGCAGCAUGGAGGGAGCUACAGCUGCAGCUACCGGCCCCGGUCAGAGCCCUUCGUCUCCUCGCAGCCCAGCGACACUGUGCAGCUGGUGGUAGCAGAUGCUGGUUUUAUUCUCGCAGGGGGAAUGGACUCAGCCCAGCCUGGAGCGGCACCAGCUCCCACCCGCGUGGGCAGAGCAGGGCCAGGCGGAUCGGAACCGCCGGCACCUCCAGGUCUGACCAGCCCCAUCAUCGCCGGGGUGAGCGCGGCAGCUGCUGCCCUCCUCCUGCUUCUCCUCCUGCUCCCCGUGGCCUUCGUCUGCUACAGAAGAACCCGAGCCAGAAAAGGAUCCACAUCGAGACCAAGCAGCACCAUCCCCUUGGGGGUGUUGAAGGUGCCGGCUCAGCAAGACCCCAUCUAUGCCUCCAUCGACGAAGGAAAAGAAACAUAGACCCUCGAGCCCAGCCUUGGCACUGACGGACUCACCUACGCCGAGCUGGACUGCCAGGCGCUGCAGGCCAAGCGGGGGGACCUGGUAUCUGGUCUGUGCUGCUGCACAACGCAAGCCACAGAACCUCACCCAUCCACUUCCGUAGCACACCCCAGUGUCCGGCUGAGUCACUUAUGGCCUCAAAUCAUGGAUUAAAGACUUCAAGUUACAGAGAAUCCACCACAGACACUAGUUUAAACCUACCAGUGCCCCGCGCCCCAGGCUGCAGACGAAGGCGAAACCCCCCCCAGGGUCUCUGCCAGUCUGACCUGGGGGAGAAAUUCCUUCCCGGCACCAGAUACAGUGACCAGCGAGUGUCUCGUCUCUGUCCGUUGGAGGGAUGUACUGCUAACAGUCACAGAUCGGCUCCAUGCUGUUGUGGGAUGUCUCCUCAUCCCGUCCCCUCCAGAAGCUCAGUCUUGAAGCCAGUUAGGUCCUGUAAUGAAGUGGGACUGUUCUUAGU